AUGGGUGGUGAACAAGUAGCUGUCAUUCGAAAGCCUGGCAUAACAACCACCAUGAAAACCAUGAUAUCGUUUGGACAAACGCACAUGACGUCACUAAGAACUACAGGGUGGGGCCUCAACAAACAAAAACAGGAUAUCUUGGAUACCGUCAGCCAUAUUUUCAGUGGAAAGUUACCUCUCGAGUACCUGAUGGGCUUUGCUGAGGAUUACACCAAAGGUAUACUGAAUGUGAAACAAGAGCUCAUACUCAUUAUUGCACGUUCAUUCAAGAACUCAUACAUUGGCGAAGUUGACGCUGACUUGGAAAUCAAUAAAAUUGAAUGGAAAAUCAAACAUAUUAUGCCUGAAGAUAGACAAAAACUCAAGUUACUAAAUAGAAUAAAUAGGAGUAAUACAAACGCGAAGAUCAAGUUGGCUUAUCGAAUGUGGGACCUGUAUGAACUACCAUCACUACGAGAAACUGCUUCAGAUAUUCGGGCUAUCAAAACAACAAACAGUCUAGAACGCCCCCGAUAUAUAUUCGUUGGGUUUCAACAUACUGAUAAUUUCAAUGAAAGAUCAAAAGAUGCGUCCAAAUUCAUACAUGCCGAUGUCAACAAUAUUCGCCUUUAUCUGAACUCUGAAGUAUAUCCGUAUGAAAGGUGGAACCUUGAUUUUGAUAAAAAGCUUGACUCACCAGCCUAUUAUGCUUAUGAACAAUUUCAACGAAGUUAUUUUGAUAGAGAUAUGAGUGAGCCAAUGUUGGCUAUUGGAGAUUUCCGGGAGAACUGCUUAUUCAUCAUUGAUUGCUGCCAUCAACCAGACGCAAUGAAGACAUCCACAGUGGACAUCAAAUUGGAAUUCGAGACUCGCAAGACUAAAUUUCCAGCCAAUACAAGAGUAUAUGCUUUGAUUAUUCAUGAUGCUUGUUUGACUUACAGUGCUUUGGAUGGUUCCGUUCAGACUGGUGCUGCCUAG